AUGGAUCAGUCGCAAUUGAGAAGGGCGAGGUUUAUAGACUCGUCCUUGCUCGGACGUAAACGUUCCGUUCAAGAACAAAUUGCUGCGGAAGGUGGUCAAGGAGCGGCAGAAGAGGAAGUUAUACCGAUCAUGAAAGAGGUAGAGACUGAGACAACCAUUGAUCGUCAGAAGGUACUUAUGUCCUGUAAGGAGCUUUUGCAAUGCGAAAUCGAACCGUUACACAAGGACUUUCACAGAGAGUAUCUCGAUUACGUUCUUGCGCAGCCAUUGCCGCCGCAAAUGACUGCACUAGAUGCAUCACAACCCUGGAUGCUAUAUUGGGUCGCAAAUUCCUUGGCAUCUUUGAAUGAAGAAUGGCUCAAUGAUGAUGUUAAGAUUAUGAUGGCAAAGAAGCUGAAUGUCAUCGGGUCUUCAAAAACGGAGAAAAUGGGCCCAUUUGGUGGUGGUAUAGGUCAAAUGCCACAUAUAGCGGGGACUUAUGCCUCCAUAAACGCACUUGCAUUAUGCGGUAAUAUCGAAAACUGCUGGGAUUACAUCGACAGGGAAUCCAUUUAUCAAUGGUUGCUCUCAUUGAAGCAAUCCAAUGGUGGCUUCAAAACCUGUGUAGAAGUUGGAGAAGUGGAUACAAGAGGUGUAUACUGUGCACUAAGUAUCGCAUCUAUGCUCAAUAUCAUGACCGAAGAGUUAGUACAAGGAGUCGUGCAGUAUCUUGUGUCCUGUCAAACUUAUGAAGGUGGAUUUGGUGGCUGUCCACAGGAAGAUGAGGCGCACGGCGGGUAUACCUUUUGUGCCGUAGCCAGUUUAAUGAUUUUGGAUGCAUUAGACCAGAUCAAUGUCGAUAAACUUCUCGAAUGGUGUAGCGCACGCCAAUUGAACGAGGAAAAGGGACUAAAUGGGAGGAACAAUAAGCUAGUUGACGGUUGCUACAGCUUCUGGGUCGGGGCUACAGGAGCGAUACUGGAGACCAAGGGAUACGUGUGCCCAAUCGAUAAGAACGCAUUACACGAGUACAUCUGCCAAUGCUGUCAAGAUCCGGCCAUGCCAGGCCUUCGCGACAAACCCGGUAAGCACGCAGAUCUGUACCAUACGAACUACGUUUUACUGGGACUGGCAAUUACAGAAGCUAUAUACACGGAGACAUCGCAAGAUGGCCCUGUUCGAAGUUCCCCAGCGCUCCACAUCGAAUCCACUACCAACACUAAACUACGAUUCAAGACAUCAGGUCUUUCACCAAUCAACCCGGUUUACGGAGUGCCUGUUGUAAAUCUGAGACAGUUUGCCGAGUACUUCCACCAUAAAUAA